AUGCAUAUCAAUGCAGUGACCUCACUUUUGUUGCUCAAUUCGGUUUCAGUUCUAGCGACCACGCCCCUCUGUCAAAGAACUUGCCAAAGCGCGUUAUCCUACAUCAAAUUCUCCGGAAAUGGCACAAAACCUCAAUGCACCAACGAACUGAACCUCAUAUCUUACUUCGCCUGCCUCGGCAGAUACUGCCCUUCUCAGAUGCAAGAUGGUUAUUCCACUUUACAAGAGACUUGCAACGGCGUCAGUGGCCUGCCAGAACUCGAAAAACUCACGAUAUCGCCAGAUACCCUUGACAUGUUUGCUUUGAAUGAUAUACGAAAGAAGACUUCUCAUGCAGGGGUACUAUCUCCAUCCCUAUACGCACUUUCCGAGCGCACCAUUACUAGUGCUCUUGAAGCAGACGAGUUGAACGUCGUCUACGGAAAUGCAAUAUAUGGCUUCUGGGGAAUUAUACUGGUAAUUGCGCUUAUUGGACGGAUACAUUCUCUCACGAACACCAGGAAUAGUGAUACUAUGCUCCUCAGCUGGAUGAAAAGAGUUAUGAAGGCGACCAAGCAACAUCUCCUGAUUCCCAAGCUCUUCCACAACAGAAAUAUGAGGAUCAAUGACUGGUGCGGAUUCCCCACUCGUCUUGAGUCACUUGUCGUAUUGGGUUAUAUUGCGCUCAAUGUCAUCCUACACAUAGUCAAUCAUGACGUGUUCGAGGGCAAUCUAAAGAUUUCGGCCCAGGUCGCGAGAUCGCUUGGACAUCGUACGGGAACUAUUGUUAUGGCCAAUCUUCCCAUCAUGUGGACUUUUGCGAUGAGGAACAAUGUUAUCGCGUGGUUCAGCGGAUGGAACUUUUCGACGUUCAAUGUCUAUCAUCGCUGGAUUGCCCGAGUAAUUAUGGCAGAGCUCAUCGCCCACGCAGUCUCAUACACACUAGUCAUGUAUGACUCUGGAGGGUCUAAGAAAUACAAAGCACAAUGGACGGAGGAGUACUGGAUCUGGGGUGUUGUGGCUGUAUUCGUUGGCUUGACCAUGUGCAUUAGUGCAAUCUACCCACUACGACGCCGAUUCUACGAUGCCUUCCUUCUUGUACACAUCUUGUCUGCCGUAGUGUUCCUCAUUGGAGCAUGGUUCCAUCUGAAAAAGUCAGAUAAGAACUUCAUUCUGUAUUUCUGGCCUUGUGUUGCAAUUUGGGCUUUCGAUCGCGCUAUGCGCUAUGGCCGACUCAUCGCUUUGAACCGUUCUUUGGGUCAAGCGGUGGUCAUCUGGCACAUACUAUUAUAUCUACAUCGUUGGUGGCCUCAACUUCUGGGAAAGUCACCCUUUCACCUUGGCUUCAUGGACAGCGAAUGA